AAAUGUAUGUAUGUAUGUUCUAUGAUACAUUGCAUUCAGCCAAGAGCAAGAGUUUUGAACAACCAAAAAAAUGCGGCAGCUGGUUCUGCUUCAAGAUUCAUCAACAUGGCUUAGUAGUUGUUUUUACACAAUGAUCUAUGCAAUCUUGUUAUGGUUGAUAUUUCAAAUAAUAGCAAAGAUCUUCUUAUGGCAUAGUACUAGUCCUCCAGAAUCAACGGUUCAGAUUCCACCAGGCAAUCGAGGAUUGCCAUUGAUAGGAGAAACCUUGCAGUUUAUGGCUGCCAUCAAUAGUAGCAAGGGCUUCUAUGACUUUGUAGAGGUUCGCAGACUUAGGUAUGGGAAGUGCUUCAAAACCAAUAUAUUUGGAGAGACACAUGUAUUUGUUUCGAGCACUGAAUCAGCAAAGACAAUACUAAACAAUGAAUUGGGAAGAUUCACCAAGAGAUACAUAAGGUCGGUUGCAGAGGUAGUUGGAGAUCAAAGUUUGCUCUGUGCUCCCCAACAACAACACAAGUUCAUCCGCAACCGCCUUUCCAAUUUGUUCUCUAAAAGUUCUCUCACGCAUUUUGUCAAACAGUUUGAUCAACUAAUUAUAAAUCAACUUACUAGCUGGGAACGUCAAGGCACUGUAGUGGUACUGGACCAAGCCCUCAAGUUUACCUUUGAGGCAAUGUGCAAGAUGUUGAUGAGUUUGGAGGGAGAAGAAGAAGUAGAAAUGUUGGGAAAAGAUGUUGGUCUGGUUUGUAAGGCUAUGCUAGCGUUCCCAUUGAGGUUACCUUGGACUAGAUUCCAUAGAGGCCUCCAGGCAAGAGAAAGAAUCAUGGGCACACUGGAUAAGAUGAUUAGUCAAAGAAGAAGAAACUUAGAAGAAGUAAAUCAUGAUGAUUUCCUCCAACACCUUCUCAUGGAAGAUGAUGAUAAAGCAUAUGAUGAUGAAGCCCAAUCCCCAUCACCAUCACUAUCUGAUUUAGAGAUUAAGGACAACAUCUUAACCAUGAUUAUUGCAGGUCAGGACACAACUGCUAGCGCAAUUACAUGGAUGGUCAAGUAUUUGGAUGAAAAUCAAGACGUCCUUCGCAUACUUGAGGCUGAGCAACUGUCCUUGGCAAAAAAAUCUUCAUCCGAGUCAUUCCUUACGCUAGAUGAUCUUAAUUACAUGCCAUACGCUUCUAAGAUUGUUAAAGAAUCGUUGAGGAUGGCAUCUGUAGUACCAUGGCUCCCAAGAUUAGCACUGCAGGACUGUGAGAUUCAUGGAUAUAAGAUCAAGAAAGGGUGGAACAUUAAUAUUGAUGCCAGAUCAGUACACCUUGAUCCUUCAGUUUACAAUGAUCCUAGCAAGUUCAUUCCAUCCAGGUUUGAUGAUGAAUCGAAACCAUAUAGCUUCUUAGCAUUUGGACAAGGAGGGAGGACAUGUUUGGGGAUGAAUUUGGCUAGGGCUAUGAUGCUAGUUUUUCUCCACCGUCUUGUCACCACUUACAAGUGGAAGGUGAUUGACUCGGAUUCAAGCAUUGAGAAGUGGGCACUUUUCUCAAGAUUAAAAAGCGGUUGCCCUAUACACGUUAUGCGUAUUAAGUAGCUAUAGAGUAUAUUAUUACUCAAAUUAAUGGACAUUGCAUAUAUAUAUAUAUAUAUAAUAAAACUAUAAUUAGUGAGAGGUUUUACCAAUCAUAUGAAUUAGUAGUUGUUUGGGAUGUACUAUAUAAGUGCAUUUUUUUGACUUUUUGGUUAAAAAAGUAGAGAAAAAAAUAUGCAUGUUUGAGAUAACCUUUUGACUGUUUAUAAAAAGAUGUAUAAUA